AUGUUUUGUGCUGUGCAAAUAAAUAGCAGCGGAAACGACUCGGUGUUAGUGAUCACUGCAUACCUGUAUGAGGGCCUCAAACUCACGGAGGGCUUCGAGUGUCACGUUAUGGUCACCGCUCCUCGAGAUAUGGGUAUCGUUACGACCAUUAAGAAGGCCUCCUUCCACGACAACGACACCUUCUACUUCAGAAGCGGAUCCAAUCCGGAGAAAGCCUGGUCUCCGCAGACCGAAGACUACCGCUUGAAAGAGAUCGUCGCCGUUCCCAAUCGCGGCGAAGCCAGCAAUAUAUUCCUCCGCUUCAAACCCAGUACUAAUCGAUCCCAACAUAACGCCGGCUUUGAGAUAGCGUUCACCGCAUUUAAAGAAAAAGGCGAUUCCUGUGGAGACGACUUUGACUGCGGUAACGAUCGGUGCGUGUGGUCUGAGUUGGUUUGCGACGGGUAUAACAACUGCGGCAACGAGAAGGACGAGUCCGGUUGCGCGGGUGUCAGCCUUUGGGUCAUUAUUUUGCUGAUUGGCGUCGGAAUACUAGUCGUAAUGUUGGCUAUAUUUGUCUGGUAUAGAAUGGCUCAGAGAUAGACAUGGGCUGAGCCGUCAAGCGCUGGGAUGAUAGUGUGUUUGUAUGUACUGUAUGUCUAUAUGUGUCGAUUGUCUAUCAUCUGUAGAUGUGUUGAGCACUAUAUCUUCAUCUCAUUUCAAAGUAUUUGAUUCCCUAACUCUUAAUUAAAACACAUUAUUUGUCAUUGAAAUGGAU